UCUGAGCUCUUCUGCCGCCCGCAGAUGGGUAUAUAAAGUGAGCCCGUGCCUGGCUGCAGCAAGAGGUGACAGCAGCCAGGUGCAGGGCAGAGGUGCAGCCUCGCUGCGCUCCCCAUACUGGGGACAUCUGGCCUCUGGCAGAACGUGUCUGACCUCACUGGGCAGCCCCACGCAGGAGCAGCGCGACUCCUGACUCCAGAAGUGAGCGUUGCAGCUUGCUGGCCCAGCAGAUCAUGUCACUGAAGGCUGCGCUUCUGCUCACCCUCCUGGCCACCCUGCCAGUGUCACCAGCCGAGCUGGCACGGAAUGGCUUCUGGGAUUACCUCAGCCAGCUGACCAGUGACAAGGACAGCCUAGAGCAGGCACAGGGCAGCAAGCUGGGCAGGGAUUUCACAAGCCUGAAGGAAAGCCUCCAGGAUGGAGUCAGCAAUGUGGGGAACUUCCUUGAGAAGCUGGCGCCUCUCAACAGAGGCAUCCAGCCACGGCUGUACCACGACUCUGACAGCCUGCGGAAGCUCAUCAGGAAGGAGCUGGAGAGUCUGAGAGUGAAACUGUCCCCUUACGUGGACGACGUGCACCACAGAGUCGGCAAGCACCUGGAAGACCUCCGCUAUCAGCUGCAGCCCUUCACCGAGGAGCUGCUGGACCAGGUGUCUCUCCGUGCACGGGAGCUGCAGCGCCACCUGACGCCCAGCCGCAACGUGGCGGCUCAGCUACUGGACGGAGUGGAUGAAGUGCAGCGUUUCAUGGCUCACUACGCCGAUAAGAUCGCCUUCCACACGGACCAGGUGAAGGACAUCUUCCAGCCGUACGCCGACAGGCUGGUGAGCGAGAUCCAGCGCUCAGUGGAAGAGCUGCACAGGAACGUGGUCCCGCACAGCCCCGCCAGCCCGGAGCAGCUCAACCAGCACAUCCGUGAGCUGUCCGCCAAGCUGACGGAGAACGCACGGGAUCUGCACCGCAACAUCCAGCGCAACCUGGAGCGGCUGAAGGCCAAGCUCAGCCUUCGCCCCAGCCGCCCCGGGGAGCGCUAUGCCGAGGAGAUGGCCAGCGAGGUGCAGCAACGCAUCGACGAGUUCCGCAGGGACACCUUUCUCCAGAUCCAGGACUUCACGCGCGCCGUGCACCAGGAGACGGAGGACAUGAGGCUGAAGCUGUCCUCCCGGCCCCACUACCCGGAGGAGGCUGCGGGCAGCCCGGCCCCGCUAGAGGACCUGCGGGCCAGCCUGGACGCGCUCUGGAGGGAUCUGUCGCACAGCCUGAGCGAGCGCGGCGGGGAUGCGCCCUGACGGCCGGGCAUGGGGAGCAGGGAGCGGGGCCGGGCGCAAUAAAGGCUCCGAGCCACCA